AUGGAUGUGGUCGUGGCGCAGCAGCAGCAGCAGCAGCAGCGGCUCCCGCUGCCGCCGUUCCAUCUGGUCAGUCAGCAGCCGCCGCAGCACCAGCAGGGCGGCAGCGGCAAGGUUGCCGGCGGCGGCGGCGGGCGCAAGUGCUGCCCGCUGCGGCGGUCGCGCAAGGGGUGCAUGAAGGGGAAGGGCGGGCCGGAGAACCAGCGGUGCCCGUUCCGCGGCGUCCGGCAGCGGACGUGGGGCAAGUGGGUAGCCGAGAUCCGCGAGCCCAACCGCGGCGCGCGCCUCUGGCUCGGCACCUUCGCCACCGCGCUCGACGCCGCGCGCGCCUACGACGCCGCCGCCAGGGCGCUCUACGGCGACUGCGCCAGGCUCAACCUGCUACCUGCUGCUGCGCUUCCGGCGGCGGCGGCGGCUGCUCCGACGAACAGUAACUCGAUGGUCGUCAAGGCGUCGCCGGCGGCGUCCCCGUCGUCCUCCCCUGACGCUGCCGUAGCUGACCACCACCACCAGUACUACGACUACAAGCAGGAGCCCACCACCAUGGCUAUGAACAUGAUGAUGGUGGCAGCGGUGCCCUCCCCGUCCUGCUGCUCCGCCGACGGCGCCUCCCCCAACUCCAACUACUCCAACUCCAGCUCCUCGGCGGCGCCGACCCCGACGGCGAUGCAGCAGAUGAUGAUGGCGGACGAGCUGGCGGCCGCGGAGCAGCACCAGCAAGCAGAGGCGGACGACUUCGAGGACUACGUGACGCGGCUGCCCAAGGCCGAGGACUUCGGCCUCGGGGGAUUCCAGGAGGUGCCCCCCGAGGUGUUCGACGAGGCCGCCGGCGGCGGCAUCUGGGACCACACCGUCGGCUGGCCGUCGGCCAUGAUGAGCGGCGGCCCCUCCCAGAUCGUCCCCUUCUAA